AUGCGUUUGACACAGAAAGCACCAGUUCUGCCCAAUCCCUGGUUCCAUGCGACUGCUGCCUUCCCAGCUCGGGGCCCCACUAGCGGCCACGACGCAGUGGAGCAGCAGAGGCGCGUUCGGCUUCCCGGGCGCAAGGCUGGGUCGGGUACAGCGGCGUGCGGUGCCCCCUGCCAGCUGCGGAUCCAGCGGCCCAGGGCGCUGGCGGCUCCCGCUCCUUCCCGACGCUCGCAAGCCAGCAGCCGCCGCCGCCGCCGGGGACACGGCCGCCCCGUGCCUGGCGCGCUCCAACUCCUCCUCGCCGCCGGUGACCCGGGACAAACUUCUGGCUGGGGCGCGGUCCCCGUCCCUGAAGCCAGCGUGGGAAACCCGAGGCGCUGCCGGGGCGAGCUAGGGUCGAGGGUGGCGCCCCGGGCGGUUGCUCCUGCCCGCUGGGUCCCGCCCGCAUCUUGGCGGUGGCCGCCCCACGGAGCCCUCCGGCGCCGCGCAGGCCGAGCUGGCCCGGGGCCGGGGACACGGGCGCUCGCGCCCUCUAGCGGGCCGCGGCGGCUCCGGCCCGGCCGUGACGUGGGCUCCUUCCAGCCGGCCUGCGGGGCACCGCCAGUCAGUCGCGGAGCAGGAGCCCCGCGCGCAGCCGGCGUGGGCUCGGCCAUCGGCGCGCCGCCGCCCGAGGUGGCUGGGUCUGCGCGAGGACAGGCGGCGGGCUCCGAGCGCGCUGUCACGGCCAGGGCCACGGCGCCGCGGGCGGCUCGGUCCCGAGCAGGGGCAGCGCUUAGGCGGGCGCAGCGCCGGAUCCCAGCGAGGAUUUGGGCUCGGCGGGCGCGCCCUCCGUUCCCUCUCCCGGCGGCGCCGGACUCCAAGCCCUGGCCAGCGGGAGGGCAGGAGGACCCGGAACACGGUCCCCGCGCCCGGGAGCCGCGGGACUUCGGACUUGUGCAACUGUUGCCACUUUCGGGUCUGGUGUUUCGCCGCUGUAGCGACUUCCCUGGCUGCCUGCGGUUUAGGCUCGCGUCCCCCUCGGCUUCCCGCUUCUACCGGCCGCCGCCGCUCCGAGGCGGCCCGGCGCGCGCUCAGCACCAUGAGGACACUUGGGACUUGCCUGGUGACUUUGGCUGGACUUUUGCUAACUGCGGCCGGGGAGACGUUUUCAGGCGGCUGCCUCUUUGAUGAACCGUACAGCACAUGUGGAUAUAGUCAAGCUGACGAUGAUGACUUCAAUUGGGAGCAGGUGAACACCUUGA